AUGGAAGAAGCACCUGCAUCAGUAUACCAGGCUCUCCUGGAGUUCCAGCACCUGUCACGCAGCACAGUUGCAGCAAUUGUCUCUACACAUGUGCCCAAUGCUUUGACUUGGCAGACAGUCUUAGCCAACUGUCUCGAGGUCUUACCAGUCUCACUGCCUCUCUCAUUUGUGGAGAAGAUGCUUCAGGAGUCAGAUCGUGGAUCACAGGAGUAUUGUUAUUCUUGCCACAUGAAUCACCCCUAUGGAUUUGACAGUGAGUGCCCUCAUAACGCAGGAGUAAUCAGCAAGGUUUCAACCAUGCCGGAUGCAAACAUAGCUAUGGAAAAAGAUAUAAAGGACGCAUUGGCUAAAGUAAGUAGCAAGCACACAGUAAUGACGAGGCUUGUUUACAAAGAACUUCACCAGCUCCCACUGAAUCUUCAAGCUCAGGCAAGGUCACAAAAUACUGCCUCUGCACAUGCGCGUGACUGGAAAAAGGGCAAUAAAGGUUGCCGCUGA